AUGUCGGUGGCACGACUUUCUUACCCGGCCAUGUCCGUGGCAUACUUUCCGUCACUUCCUUCGAUGAGGCAAUUGGAAGCACCGCCGGUAGACAAGUCCUCUUUAGACAUCCUCCCACCAGAGCUGAUCCAUUUGAUAUGUCAUUGGAUCCAUGUGGACAGGAAGACGAUAAAUGGGGAUCUGAUUGAGCAGUGUGAACGCCCUGAGGGAUGGAGAGAUUCGGGGCAUCACACGCAGUUCUCAAGAACACUGGCAAGGCUGUGUCUCACAUCUAAGCGCUACCGACAGAUUGCUCUGCCAUAUCUUUACUCGUAUAUCGCAAUCACGAAAUAUGACGAAACACAGCUGCCUCAAUUCAUCUCGACAUUGUGCCGCAACCCAGACUUGCGGCCUCUGGUCAAGAAAAUCGAUAUUGAAGGUCUGCCGCCAGGGUUUACUUUUGGUCCAGAGAUCAACGAAACCGUCCUCCGAGAUGCUGCUAUUGAGUUCAAUCUUCCUUCUCUCAAUCUGUGCCGUUUCAAAGAGUGCUAUCAAGUAUGCGGCAAGCUGCGCGACGUGUGCGGCCACAGCCAGCGUCUAAUGAUUCUGCUCUUUUUGCUCACGCCCAACCUGGAAUAUGUGGGCAGCCUAUCGCCUUACAACUUUUUUGCCGUCGAAUUAGAAAAUGUGACGAGAAAGAAAGCCGCAGAGUCGACAGCCGUCUCUCCCUCUUUGCACUACGCAUUUGGAUCGCUACAUCACCUAUGGGCGGCUGGAGCCCAGGUGUACUAUAACGGGUUUCCAUUGUUUGACUUGGAAUAUGAACCUCAGGACUUGGUGUUCAAAUUGGGCGCCUGGCUCGUUCCAAGCCUUCGUACCCUGCGAGUCCGCAUUGCGUGUACGUUCCGUCCAAUUCCAGCAGACGUACAUCUUGACAACCUGAAGGAAAUUACCCUAGACACAGCACUUCUCACAACCGAGGGCCUGAUGAGCUUGACGUCAGCUUGCAAAAUGUUGGAAGAUUUCUCUUUCUACUCCAGGGGAAGCUGCCGUAUGUUCUCGGACCAUCUCUUGCUUUCUCUCCGCAGAAAAACCCCGCCCAACGAGUUUCUCCCUGAGGAUAUUGUCCCCGCCUUUUCGCAUCUCAAAGGCACUCUUCGACGUAUUGCUAUAAACCGAUGGGAUGGAGCUCGAGGUGUUUUGAACUCUUACGCCCAUUUCACCGCCGAAAACAAGGAGAUGUACGCGACUUGGCCAAACUGGCUAGGAAACGGCAAGUUGAUAGACUCCUUGGCAGACUUUACUGCCUUGGAGACUCUGAAACUCGAUUCCACAUGCCUCUUCCACGUUCCCAGAGACCAGAUCCCAUCAGAUCUCCCUUUCGAUCAUCUCACAGGGCGGCUCCCCAAAUCUAUACGCCAUUUAGUUCUACCAGGUGCUCCCACUCAAAUGAUCACAGCACUCCAUGCAUUAGCCCUAGCAGCAGCCUCCAAAGAAUUUCCCGCCCUUCAGCUGGUGGAGGUUACAUGCGAUGAAAUGGACAGCCAAAAGCGGGAAAUAUCGAUACGCAAUUCUUACAUCGGCGACUUUCUCCAAGACAUCUACUCCAAAUUCAUAGGCAUUGAGGAAUGGGGCCCGCUUGAGCAGAGAUUUGCAGACGCCGGAGUCAAAUUGGUUCAUAUAGAUUCUGGCAAUACUCGCUGCUUCGCGAGAGACUUGCUUGUGAAGGCCGGGCUAGUAAAGCCUGUGGAGAGGAAAUAUCGGUAA